AAAGCCCUGAUUGCCCUCUUCUAUAAAACACGAGUCUGUAAUUAGGGUUUUAGUUCACUUCACUUGCGCAGCGGCAACAGCAGCCUCAGGAAGAAAAAGAUGUCUCACAGGAAGUUCGAGCAUCCAAGACAUGGUUCAUUGGGAUUCCUCCCAAGGAAGCGUGCUGCUCGUCACAGAGGAAAAGUGAAGGCUUUCCCUAAGGAUGACCCAACCAAGCCACCCAAGCUUACUGCUUUCUUGGGUUACAAGGCUGGUAUGACCCAUGUUGUCAGAGAAGUCGAGAAACCAGGAUCUAAGCUUCACAAGAAGGAGACUUGUGAGCCUGUCACAAUUAUUGAGACCCCUCCUAUGGUUGUUGUCGGUGUUGUGGGUUAUGUUAAAACUCCCCGUGGUCUUCGUACCUUGAACACUGUAUGGACUCAGCAUUUGAGUGAGGAAAUUAAGCGUAGGUUCUAUAAGAACUGGUGCAAGUCCAAGAAGAAGGCUUUCAGCAAGUACUCCAAGCAGUAUGAAAGUGAUGAAGGAAAGAAAAACAUUCAGACACAGCUUGAUAAACUGAAGAAGUAUUCAACUGUUAUCCGUGUCUUGGCUCACACUCAGAUCAGGAAAAUGAAGGGUUUGAAGCAGAAGAAGGCCCAUAUCAUGGAAAUUCAGGUUAAUGGCGGUACAAUUGCCCAGAAGGUGGACUUUGCAUACAAUUUCUUUGAGAAACAGGUUCCUAUUGAUGCUGUCUUCCAGAAGGAUGAAAUGAUUGACAUCAUUGGAGUGACAAAAGGUAAGGGUUAUGAAGGUGUUGUUACUCGUUGGGGUGUUACUCGUCUUCCCCGUAAGACUCACAGGGGUUUGAGGAAGGUUGCUUGUAUUGGUGCAUGGCAUCCUGCUAGAGUUUCAUUCACUGUUGCUAGGGCUGGUCAGAACGGUUACCAUCACAGAACUGAGCUGAACAAGAAAAUUUACAAGCUCGGCAAAACUGGAGAAGAGACCCAUGAUGCCCAGACUGAGUUCGAUAGGACUGAGAAAGACAUCACCCCAAUGGGUGGUUUCCCUCACUAUGGUGUUGUGAAGGAGGAUUAUCUGAUGAUCAAGGGAGGUGUUGUUGGUCCCAAGAAGAGGGUUGUGACAUUGCGUCAGUCCCUUCUCAAGCAGACUUCCCGUCUUGCAUUGGAAGUUAUCGUACCCAAGUUUAUUGAUACCUCUUCCAAGUUUGGCCAUGGUCGUUUCCAGACAACACAAGAGAAGCAAAAGUACUAUGGACGCCUCAAAGCUUAAUUAUGUUAGUUGUUUUGAAAUGUUGGGAACUUAUUUUUCAUGUUUUGUUACCAUCCCUUUUGAACUUUGUAGUGUCUUCCAUCUGACUUUUUGAUUACUCAGUACCUUGGUUACUUGAGUUUUCAUAUUUAUUUCUGCCGUACUUUGGUUUCAAUUGGGAUUUAGUUGUAUCCAUGAUACUUCCAAUUUUGGUGUUUUAUUUAUUUUUCUUAAAUUUUCAUUUAUUUAUACUUA